AUGGGUCAAUAUAAGAGUCCAGAAAUUGGCAAGAUGAAGAAACCUCCGAGUUUCGAGGAUGUCUCGCGCCAGUUAAUCAAACGUUACAUCAGGGAUCAAGAGACUCUAAUGGAGAAUGCGAGACAGUCAGUCGAAGUGGGCCAAGAACUUAUAUGCGAUGACUGCCAGGAUAACAAAACAGAGUCUGUGGGAGAGACUAGCUACCCACUACCCUCGGAAAUUUUUAACCUUCCGGCUCACAACCCAUCGCUGAUGACAUUACAGCAGCUGCGGAACUGCGCCCCCGAAAGGAAAGCACCCUUGACGGAGAUUGUGGAUCCCAAUACAGGAGUCAAAAGUCUUGUAGAAACCUGGAACCGAUUUCAGCCAAAUGAUCCUUCUGAGUUGCUAGCUCGAAUUCCCUCCCACCAAGGAAACAGUUGGUGUGAGCAGAGUUUAACUUGCAACGACUACUUGCGCUUUCGGGCUCCCUUCUUCUUCUACGGUCAACGCUUCGACCGGUUGACGCGAAGUCAAACAGAGUGUCUGGAACAUUGGCAAGCCGUAGUGCGUAACCAGUGCGAUCGUCAACGGGCUGAAGUAGAGGGUUAUCUAGAGCAGUGUCGCUGCUUUGACGCACGUCUUCAUCACAUGAGGCCGCCGUGUUGGCAAACUGGUCUCACCGAUAUGGGCCAAUCGUACGCCUACCGCUAUAAAGAUAUGAUGCGAAAUUUACUGGGUCAUGACCACCAUGACAGGAAUUCGUCACGGGAAACGUUGGUACGCUACACAACCCCUUUCAACUUGCAGCAAAUGGAAAAUAUCGGACCAAUGGAAUACAUGAAGCGCUAUUGUGAGCUUAGAGAUACGCGGGUGCCGUACUAUACUCGAAUUUUUAACAAAUUCAAGGAAAAUCGAACUCAACUCAUUCCGAUCAAUGCACUCGAAGAACCACUGAAGGCUCUCAUGGGCGGUUCUUUUAAGAAGGAACAAGUUGGUGAGAUAAUAUCCCUGCUGGAUAUACCUGGGGAAGAUUACGCGCUGAAUACUAUCGAAUUUGCGCGCAUUUGCGCUCUUGCUGAACGUCUUUUCUACUGCCAAAAUAUGUAA